UUCGUUGUGUUGGUGUCUUGAGUGUGCUGACUUGCGAUGUCUGGUCGUGGUAAACAGGGCGGCAAGGCGCGCGCCAAGGCGAAAUCUCGCUCUUCUCGCGCCGGGCUGCAGUUCCCGGUGGGCCGGGUGCACCGCCUGCUGCGCAAGGGCAACUACGCAGAGCGGGUCGGGGCCGGCGCGCCGGUCUACCUUGCGGCGGUGCUGGAGUACCUGACCGCGGAGAUCCUGGAGCUGGCGGGCAACGCGGCCCGCGACAACAAGAAGACGCGCAUCAUCCCGCGCCACCUGCAGCUGGCCAUCCGCAACGACGAGGAGCUCAACAAGCUGCUGGGCCGCGUGACCAUCGCGCAGGGCGGUGUCCUGCCCAACAUCCAGGCCGUGCUGCUGCCCAAGAAGACCGAGAGCCACCACAAAGCUAAGGGCAAGUGAUCUGACCGACAUCUGAGCUUCCGGAAACGUUAUCAAACCCAAAGGCUCUUUUCAGAGCC